AUGGUAGUUUCGCUGCUAGUUAAUAAGAUAAAACACUUGGUUUUGUUCUUUGUGAGUGUGUUUCGGCGCGCUUUGUGUUGUUUUCGGCGGCGGCGUCGCGUGAGCGUCGAUUCCGUUCCGUUGACUCACGUUGUUUCGAACCCCAAAGACAUUGAAGAGAACUGGGCUUGGGACGAGAAACCUGACUAUUCCGAGCCAAAGACGGUCCAAGACCACAUUGAACUGUACAGAAAACGCAAAGUUGAAGCUCAACAGCAGGCCGAAGUGCCGCCAGAGGAGCGCCUUGACUUUUUCGAAGACAUGGCCCCAAAAAUCACAAAACAGACGAAAGUUUUCAUUAAUACUGAUCGGGGGGCGCCGGAGGCGCCCUCCCGCUUGAAUCUAAUCGAUGCUGUGCCUGUUGUGUCCGGGGAGCUGCAAGAGUGGGAGGAGAACUCAGGCUGGGAGGGCGAGACGUUAGACUGGGACGCUCAGCAAGCCUUACGGGAGAAGAGGAGACAGGACAGGGAGAAGCGGCUGUGGGAACAGCAGCAGAAAAGACAGGAGAAAAUGAACCGGGCUCUGGGGGCCCGCAUCAGCACAUAGCCUUGAUUUAAGCCAAAUUGUGAUUAAUAUUUUCGGGAAAUAAAGUUCGAAUGUUCCAAAAA